AUGGAAGUUGAUGGUGAUAGCAAGCUAGAUCCCGAGCUAAACAAGCAGCAUCGCACAAUGAAGAGUGCGUCAAAGAUCCCGAAGAUAAGAAUCCGGAAGCAACGUGCGCGUGCAAAAAAAUGGUCGAGCGAUUGUUCCUAUUCAAGUCUUUCUGACACUCCUUAUGUUUCGGAUGUGGAAAUAUUUUCAGUCGACCCUUGCUUACGUCAAUCAGAGGCCAAACCUCCUCGCGACUAUGCCUCGAUUACGACAGGGCCACUGGCUUCUCGUAAUUGUAUUGCCUCAGUUCGGUUAGCUGACACUGCAUCUUCGCCACAUUCUGCAGGCACUGGUAGUGGCCAUUUUGCUUCUAUGGCGGCGGCAUUUACUGCCAGAACUAUUUAUAGACUGAGUCAGCGUGUAGCUCGAUUGAGUGCUAGUGAUCAGACGUCCACGAAUCCGUUGCGUACUGAGGAACAUGAUGCCGAAUACACAGAGCAUGCAGGUGGAGGGGCUUGUGGGCGACCACUAGUUCGUCGCUUCGAUCACUCUAGUGGGCAUCUCAGACCUCAGAAUGGAAGUGGCCUCAGGCUUAAUAAUGAUAUUCAUCUUGAUGACGAGGACGAAGAGGAAGAAGCCAGAGCAGGUGGAGUUGCCUUUUGUGUUUCUGAGGCCACUCAGUCGUCCCAAGAGCGUAUGAAAAGGCGUUGCGGUGGUCUAGAUAUUGGUCUUGGAUCCCAUACCAUCAGCUCACAGCAGAUCAGCCCAGCAUUCGAUUCAAAGUCAGUUCGGCAAACCUGA